AUGGAAAUCGCCAACUCCUUGAUUGCCGACGUAUUUGUACCGCACUCAAAGGUAUCCGAUGCCUGCAAUUCUUUCCUGUCUCAAGAAAGAGCCAAAGAUGCGCUUAACAAGUACCAGCAAGGAAUUUGGGUUCAUCCUGGCAACGUUCCCGCCCACCCCUCUGGCGGUCCUGCCCACGCAGACGACAUGGAGCAUGCACUCUUCCUCAAUGAAAAGCUCGUCAUUACCAACACAUCAGCGACAGAUACAUCCAGAGGAAGUACACCUAGCGAUGUCCAUGCCAGCUCCCACUAUGCAGAGAGCUCGGGAAGCUCCGCUGCUAUCCAGAAAUGGGCUGGUGGUAUAGAUGCACAAGUACACGUUUCCUCAUCCAUGUCGGCUCCUUAUCACCAAAGCGUCUAUGGCACCCAUUCGCACUCCCCCGCGAGCCUUGACGGCCUCCAUGAGCCAUCGACGUAUACACAUGCACCAGUGAUGGACUGGACUACCUCCCCCUCGUCCCAUGUAAAGGUCGAAUCCCCACCUUUACACCCCCAUGUUAUAUAUAACGACUCACAGUCCUAUUCUGGUUCGCCCACCGUUCAG